AUGAAUGUACCGUUUAUACGAGUAAUGUUCAUUGUGUCGUAUAUUCUGGUCUUUAUUUGUUGCUGUGUGGGUAACUCGCUAGUAUUGAUAAUAAUUUUGAGAAAUGCCCGGAUGAGAACCAGACCCUAUGUAUUCUUGGCGAACCUUGCCGUGGCUGACCUUAGUGUGGGUAUUUUCUGUGUUUUACCAAGUCUGUCUACGUUUUUAUCACCAGUAUGGCUGCUAGGAAAGGUAGGUUGA